AUGCCGCCGCGACUGCAGCUGCUCAGGCGAGCGGCUGUCUCGAUCCCCAGCCAGCAAACCUAUCAGCCUCUCGCGCCCUUCCUAUAUCCGUUCCUGAGCCAGCAGCGCUCCGCUUCGAUUCUCUCCUCCCUCUCCGAUACCAAAGGCGCGUACAAUAAGAGGAUCAGACGAGGGCGUGGUCCAGCAAGCGGCAAAGGAAAGACAUCUGGACGUGGUCACAAGGGUCAAAAGCAGCAUGGCAAAGUCCCCGCAGGUUUCAAUGGUGGUCAGACGCCAGACUGGGUGGUUGCUGGCAACAGAGGGUUUGACAACCACUUCUCUAUUGACAUGAGCAAGGUCAACUUGAACCGCAUACAACUGUGGAUAAACCAAGGGCGCCUGGACCCAAGUCAGCCCAUCACGAUGAAGGAGUUGAACAAAUCGCAUUGCGUGCACGGUGUGAAAGACGGCAUCAAGCUGCUCGCACGUGGCAAGGAGGAAUUGACCACACCCAUCAACAUCGUUGUAUCGCGAGCCAGCGCCGAAGCUAUCAACACUGUCGAGAAGCUCGGUGGAACCGUCACAACCCGCUACUACACCGACUUCGCCAUCAGGAAGAUCAUGAGGGGGGAGAUGGACCCUAUUCACAGCUUGCAAUCACGCAUCUCUAUGUCUCCGAGUACGGCUGAGGGUGCAGAGCAGGCGGCGGAUGCAAUGGAGAUGGAGAGGCAGAGAUACCGAUUCAGGCUUCCAGAUCCGACCAAGAGAAAGGACCUCGAAUACUACCGAGACUCAGCGCACCGAGGUUACUUGAGUCAUUUGGUGGAGGAAGGCCACGGCCCAAGUUUGUUCUUCAAGACGCCUGGCGCUGGUAAGAGGGACAGCAAGAAGGCUACCGGAAAGGCCAAGAGCCAACAGCAGCCGACGAACAGGAUCUGGUAG